UCUGGGAGGAAGCAAUGAUAAUAGAAGUAUUUCAAAAUUCUAAUUUCAAUGUCAAAGUAGAAUCCUAAUACUUAAUAGAAUGAGACUUAAGGAAAAAAGUGUAUAUCGUCCCAAUGAGAUACCUGAAGUUCAAUUCUGUCAAUUAAUUGAGUAUUGAGAUGACGAAGAUGUCCAAGUAAGAUUAAACCGUGCAUUUCUACAUUUUCUACCUAUUGUUGCAGUAUAUGUUUUUUUCUUUUUGAUUUAUUAAUUAAUAUGCUUCUUUUAUUGUUAGGCUAUGUGCCAAUUAAAUUCUGAAAACAGGAAAAAAAAAGUGGAGGCAUCGAAUGGGACCUAUUAAUUUUGCAAGAGUGCGUGUGUCAUUGGGUGCAACCAAAGAGAACAACGAGGAAUUAUCAAAGUCUGAAAUGUUUAUUACAACUCGUACAAAGAAAGGGAAGGAAGUUCAUACAAAUACUCAUGUUGCAAUAUCUGAAUUUCAGAAUCGUCAAAGUUCCGGAGAAACAGCAGAUGAUGCAUUUAGGGCUGUUGGAAAGGAUCAGCCUGGUCGGGUUAGAUGCUAUGACAGAUCGGUGACGACAAGCUCUCUUAUAAAAGAUGAAGAAAUCACCAAGCUUAAACAACAAUAUGCCAACGAAAUAACUUCGCUGAAGGAAGAAAUGAAGGAAAUGAUGAGAGAAGAAAUUCUAUGAUUUUUUAGUCAAUUGGUGAAAAACAAUACUGGACUGGAUUUUUAUGAUAUACAAGGGUGUGUUGGAUCUAAUAUUCCUUCACCGGUUGAUGCAAGUAGUGCACGAGCUAUGAGAGG